AUGGACAUGUGGAAUCUUUCAGAUGUUCACAAGGGCUGCACUUACAAUCCUCCCACGUGGUCCCGGCCCUCCUACUACAGGAUGAAGAGCACUUCGAAGCUCUACCGACGACUGACGUCACGGGAUCGUCCAGCGUUCUCCACGCAGAGGAGCGUUGAUACAGCAGAUUUAGGGAGAAUCAGUCCACGCACUAGGAAACGAAGGUCGAGGAAAAUCGACGAGGAAGAUGAACUCUCCGAAGAUGUCCCGAUGGUCGCACUAUCCGCCGUUCCACCGGCGCCGGAGCUGUCGGUGGAUCUAUCGUCACGAUAUUUCAUCAACCGGGCGAACGCUCAUUUCUACAAAUUGUUUGCCUUCGAGACGGAAUGCCGACCUUUCAUUGUGGUCCGGCACGACAUAAACGCGGACGAUGUGCUCACUGUUAUGCACUCCGAAUGGAAGUUCAUAGUACCGCGCAUCGCUCUAUUAUUGGUGUCGGACGUAGGCCCGAUGACAGAAUGGAACCACCCGCGUAAACUCGACGCAUUCAAGAAAGGCAUCAUCAGAGCCGCGAAUACGACCCACAUGUGGAUAUUCACCAAUGGACUCAACACAGGAAUCGCCAAAGAAAUCGGGGAUGCCGUAGCUGAAGAGCUCAGUAGACGCCGCGCGAAGAAAUGUCACAAGCACCCCGCGAGGAAGAAACAGAAUAAACCUCCCUUGACCCUGGUCGGCUUGUGUCGAGAAGACCUUUUACUCGGUUGGGAACGAUUCGCCAAUUCGGACUCGGCCGACGUCAAUAUUCAGAUAGAAGCAAACAAGCCCGAAGAGCAGAGAUUCGAGCUCAACCCCGACCACACACACUACAUAAUCGUGCGUGACGACACAAUACAUAGAACCGGUAUCAAUCAAUACACGCUGCGCUUCGAGAGGGUUCUCGCUGCACUCGGCUCUAGGAAAAAUGCCAAAGACGACAUCGAUUCGAACGGUCACGCGAAGGCGAAGAGACAACCGUCAGCAAUUACCAUGCAACUGCCGCUCAUGGCUAUUCUCGUCCAGGGCGACACGAAUAGUGCUAAAUUCGUGUUCGACCGUCUUCAGAAGGAACUUCCCAUUCUAGUCUUCCAAGGAACUGGCGGGCUCGCUGAUCUCAUCGCAUUCGUUUACGAUGAAGUUCAGAGAAGAGGUGUCAACGUGUGGGAUGCAGAGUUCAUAGAGGAGUUCGUUAAACCCGAACUAUCCGCUAUGAUUUGCACCCAGCAGCAAAUGUACGCCGAGCAGAUGCAAGCCAGAAACGCCUAUAGAGAUCGAGUGCUUGAAAUCGUACGAUUGGCCUGCCAUAGGCAACAAGGCGCACAUCUCACCAUUGUCUAUACUCGGAACCAAUCGUGCGACCUAGAAAAACUUGAUCAAGUUUUAUUGAAAGCUUUAUUCAAAUCUCAACGUUCCGAACAAACUAUGUGGUACUCGCAGCUCAAGAAAGACUUGCAACUCACGAUCGACUGGAACAGUCCGAAGGUUGCACUGGAAGAAGUAUUCCAGAAAGACUCUGCCAACAAAUUCCAAAUCGACUCUGGAAUCUUCAUGGAGGCGCUCCUGAGGGAAGACCGCGAAGAGUUCGUCGACAUUUUCCUGCGGCGACAGUUCCAACUGAGCAAGUUCAUGUCGAAGGGGAGACUGAGACUCAUUUACCAAAAAGUCUUAUGUGAGGACUUUUUCUUCCUUGUCUGUUGGAUGGGUGCGCUGGGCAACACGUCCUACCGGGUCUCGGACGACUUCUUAGAAUACGAUCUCAACUGGUUGAUAGAGUUCUGUACCGGCUUACCGGAGUACGUGAAUGGAGAACAACUUUCAAUGGCAGCCGCUGGUAUGUGUACGGGCGACGAAACUCAGGCAGAGAGAAGGGCUCUCGUGAUCCUUGCCCUCUGGGCGAUAUUUACUCAUCGAAGAAAACUCACUAAAAUUUUGUGGAAACACUCCGACCAACCUAUCCAUUUGGCCUUGAUCAUUUCAACGGCCUAUGCUCGUCUCGCGGAUUACGCAAGAGACGCUGCCACUCGAGCAGAACUCGAGGAUUCGGCGAAGGAGUUCUCGGAAAUUGCAACCGGAGUCCUGGAUCUCUCUUGGGAGGUCGACGCUGGCUGUAGGGCCUACGAUAUUCUCUCGGAGGUAAGCCCCGAUUGGGGCGAGAAGACAGCUGUAGAACUUGCGGCCCAAGGCAAGAACAUGAUGUUCUUGGCACACCCCUGUUGUCAAAAAUGGAUAACAAACCUAUUCAUGGGACGGAUAACGGUACGCGACCUGUCCUGGGGUUUAAUCACCUUGCCGCAGUCGGCGAAGAUCCAAAUGUGCGCUUUCCUGAUCCUCCCGAUGUACGUGUUCAUUCGCUUCAAAGACGAUCCCCAUCAAAUGGAAUACAAACCAGAACCAGACGAAGAUGAUGACGCGAUAGAGUUCGUCGACGACGCGCCUUCAAUCAAAGAAAACUCAGCACAAAUGCACCAAACGAAAGCCCGAGCGAUGUCACUCUUCCGGAAACAGAGACAGAAAGACAGGGAGACCGACUCGUUCCCGCCGAUCUGGACGAUGAUCUAUCUCAUGUGGAGUGCUCCGAUUACCAAGUUCUGGACGUUCCAGAUUUUCUACAUAAUUUAUCUGAUGUUGUUUUCGAUUGCCGUGCUGUUACCUUCGUGUGGCUAUCAACCUCUGGAUCUGGUGGUGUGCGUAUGGACUUUCCUCAUCGCCAUCGAGUCCUGUCGAAGGUCAUACGUUUUAUACCGGCAAUACACCAGGAUUCCUCUAGCGCUUCGCUGCUUCGAGAUUCUCUUCAUGUUCGCUCUUGUGGGUUUCUACGGGUGGAGUCGCGUUUUGAAGAAAACCUAUCCAUUGAGUCCAUACGGAGCGAAAGUCCUCCAAUGCAUCGGCUUGCUGUAUUCAUAUUAUCGGCAAAUAGUGAUAUAUCUACCAAUCUCGCCUACGUUAGGCCCUCUACUGUACAGAAUCAAAUACAUGGUGUCGCAAGAUUUCAUAAACUUCAUGCGAAUGGCACUCCUUGUGAUGAUAAGCGGGGGAAUAGCCGUGCAAGCCACGAUGUACCCCGACCACCCCUGGAACUGGAACCUCGCUCGAAUGACGAUCUACAGAGCCGUGUUUUCUCUGUUUCUGACGCCGGUGACCGAGCUGGGCGAUUUCAAAUCGCCAACAUGCGCAAAACUUGACAAAGAAGGAAAAGACGCCUGUCUCGCAGCCGGGCCAUAUAAUGUCACAGAUAGCAACCACCUCUGCCCUCUGAAAGGAUUCUGGACCUAUACAUUCAGCAUCCAAUACCUGAUUCUUCUGAAAAUUAUACUGAUGACCUUGCUCUAUGCAUUAUUCAGCAACACCGCUCGACGCAUUGAAGCGGCGUCCGACAACAUCUGGAAAUUUCAACGAUACCAACUCGUUAUGGAUUUUAAAAACCGCCUUUGUCUGCCACCUCCCCUGAAUCUGAUUUCUUACGGAUUCGCCAUCCUGAACUUGACGCUGGGAAGACUCUUUCGUGCGCUAAAAAAUUGGUGCUGUUGCCGGAAACACGACCCGAGCCUCGGCAUGCUUCCGCUCCCUGUCGUUCCGGCCGGUGCAACGGCAAAAGACAGCGACUUCGAGUAUUGGCGUCAGAUCUCUCAGGAUUUCUGGACGGCUCGCGAGGAGGAGGAACAGGACGAGAAGAAGAAGAAAGACGAAAUGGAACGGAUGCAGAAAGUUCUCGACGAGAUCGAUAGCAACAGACAGGUACUGAAGAACCUACGCGCAGAAAUGAGGGAGCUUCAUCGUUUAGUUCGCCAGUCGCGUAACUACUUGGCCGAAGUGAAACAUUCGGCGGAAGCUCAAACCGUGGUUGAUGGAGCCGGCGGUCCUGGAACUCAGGACAUCGUACGUCAGGCUCACUUCCUAUCGAAAAGCUCACCGUAUCCUGCCACUAAAGUGCUCCGCUUUCCUGUGCCCGAUAAAUACGUUCCCUGGGAGGUCAUGUGGCUUGAUUACGAUCCUAUCGUUUUCACUAAACCCUGUAAUUGCUUCUCGAGCGAGCUCCAGCCAUUUAUCGACGAGGACGUGCUCCAAUUGAAUUCCGAGGAUCAACAACGGCCGAAAUAUCAGUGGAAUGGAGUAUCCGUCAGUCCUGCCGGAGUCACGACCGAUCGAAAGUCUUGGAUCCUCGAACACAGUCAGACUGUCGUGUAUCUUCUCGAGCCCGAAGGCGUCCCCAAGAAUCCGUACGGUCGAACAGGUCUACGAGGAAAAGGUGGACUCUGUCGUUGGGGUCCGAACCAUUUUGUUCUGUUCGUCAUUUCGCGUUGGCAGACUUCGCGAGUGCAUCUGGUCGGUGGCAAAGGACUCGAGGUUGUCCUGAUGAGAGCGACCCGCGGCGGACACUAUUCACUUCCGGGUGAUUUCGUUCCUGGCGAAGAUCUCUACGCUUCCUUGGAGAAGUUCUUCCGUAGUACCGGGGAAACGAAUCUUGAAUAUCCAAAGCACAGCGGAGAGAUAAAAAAAUUCUUCCAGAGUCUCGUCAAAACGAGCUCCAGCGCGGCAGCGACUCCGACCUCAGAAACAGCGCCGACACCGAUAGAGGAGCGAGUUCGCGCUGAAAUCGUCGACCGCGGCUACAUGGACGAUCCGCACAACACCGAUAACUGCUGGAAAGAGGUCGAACUUUGGAGUGUGCAUUAUACACCGGAAGCUAACGAAAAUCUCCAUGGCUUUUUCGAUAAGUCUUUGGGCUGGCAUCUGGUGACCGAAGAUCUCUUCCCGAAGAUACACUCGGGGCAGGCAGCUCUGCUUUCGAAGGUGGUCAAACACAUACAGUCGAAUCUGCUGAGCUAGGCCGGGACAAAUUAGGCAGAGCGAGGAACUCCGUGGAAAAUCCCGAAAGAAGAUUCAGGAUGUGAACUAUGAGCCAGGACAACAGAGCAGGAAUCUCUGCGGGGACUCCCUUCCGAUAUGCUCUAGAAGGAUCCUUAUGUCUUUCAGUAUUAGACUUUCUCACAAGUUCGAGACAGAGAAUCAUUGAAUGUAUACGCUUGCGAAUCUUUUACCGACAGGAACGCGAUAAUGAAUCGUCCCUGCUUUUUAUGUACAUAAAAUCUU